AUGGCCAACACCACCAAGGUCGCCCUAGGUUUGGGCAUAAUCCUUGUUUUUCUGCAGGUUUUGUGCGCCGUUUCCCGGCCCCACAUUUCUCCAGGGAAGUCGUUGCUCGUCAACACCCCGGCGGUGAUGACGCUGAACGGCUUCCAGCAAGGUGAGGGGGGCGGCGGGCCGGCGGCGUGCGACGGCCAGUACCACAGCGACGAAGACUUCAUCGUGUCCCUGUCCUCUGAGUGGUUCGACGGCGGGGCACGGUGCGGCAAGCAGAUCCGCAUCGAAGACUCCUCCAACAUGGGCAUUGUAGCCAUGGUCGUGGACGAGUGCCGCGACUGUGACAACGAGGUGGGCGCGUCCGCACACAUCUGGCGCAACUUCCGGCUUGACCCCAGCCUCGGCGAGGUGAGCAUCAGGUUCUCAGACUUCAACUGA